AGGAGCUUGAAAUCAACGCCCGGACCACUCAGGCGGGAUGAUCCUCCGCCGUUCUUCAGUCAGAGGCUGUUCCAGCGCACACCUUAUUGCAAUCCUCUGCGGCACAGCAGACAUAGCAUGGCCCACUCGUGGGGCCUUACCGUGGCCCUGGACUGCCCAUUCGCUCUUCUCGCUCUCCUUACUUCUCAAUCCUUCCUCUCCAGGAAUCUUCACAUUUGUUCCACUGUAACAUUUUUGUACAUCACUUCCUCUUAAUCUUUCUCUUGCUUCAACUACGUUAUUUAUAUUCCAUAAGCCACCUCUUUUACCAAACACAUGGGCACGCUAGCAAAACUCCCUCUAUAUUGUAGCCCACUGCUAUUGGCAUAUACGGCGAAUGCAGCCCAGAAUUUCGUCGUCCCAUGGAGCACAAAAUCGUACGGACCAGAUGGACCAUGGCAAGCCGUCAAAAUUACCGUUGGAGGCAAUGAUUCUACCCUGACUAUUGGAGCCCAGAACCACGCCGAUUUAGAUGUCUACCCUGGAGGUUCGUGGACAACAUUCACCUUCGCGAAAGAAGCAUGCGAUCCUUACAAGAACUCUAUAUGCGGAGCUGGAGGAACUUGGAAUCCUGACCCUCCUUCCCUUAAGCAAAUCGAAUGGACCGACAAGUACAUUGACGACUCUUAUGGGAUACAGGCAGCAAGUUAUACAAAUGUGCCACGAGCCCUUACUAUUGCUUCCAAGACUGUGUGGAAUGCUUCUCUAGGAAACAUACCUUAUGGAAAUAUCACAUAUCCCAAUGGCAAGAUGGGAGGUAUGGUCCUAGGGCAUUUGGCUCUUGGCGCUCCCGACCCGGAGCAGGUCUGGAGCAAGUCCGACAAAGAUGCGGGCCAGAAUAUCACAACAAAUUUCUUCCCAAGCAAGCUAUACAUGGAUAAUGAAACACCAUCCAAUUCAUACGGACUUCAUAUUGGUUCUGCGGCAUUCGAUUAUCCAGGCUCACUGCAGUUUGGAGGGUACAACAAAGGUAGAGUCAUUGGGCCUGUUACAUCUUUUUCAGGUGAAAGCAUUGUAGAUUUACUGGAUAUCGCCAUUGGAGUUGAGUUCGGAAGCUCUCCGUUUGGAUUUGACAGCAAACCGGGCUUACUGCUUAACGACUCAGGCCAGGUCGGUCGAAUGAAAGUACAGGUCGAUCCACUCACGCCUUACCUAUCUCUUCCCGAUAACACUUGCGAAGGACUUGCGAACAUCCUCCCAAUAAAAUAUGACAACACGGUCAAGUACUACACCUGGAAUACGAGCGACCCCAAAUACAAAGAGAUUGUCACCUCACCAGCAUAUUUAAGCUUUACUUUUCCACCUGCCCCAGGAAACAAAGACAAUGUAGUCAUCAAAGUCCCCUUUGCCCUCCUCAACCUCACACUUGAUUCGCCUAUCACAGCCAAGCCAACGCAGUACUUUCCUUGCAACCCUUAUCAUGGCAAUAUCCCUCGACUCGGACGUGCUUUCCUACAAGCUGCUUUCAUCGGACGCAACUGGGGCACGAAAACGACCUGGCUGGCUCAAGCUCCUGGACCUGGUAUUUCAAAUAGUGGACUAGGCGAUUCCAAUACGGCGAUUGCAAAUGACCAAACCAUGAUCGAAGGGUUCACUGGCGACGAUCUAUUCAAGCAGAGUUGGGAUGGGCAUUGGUCUAUCUUGAACAGCACCAAACCGAAUUCCACCGCGCCGAGUGGGGGAGCUGGCGAAACCAACAAACCAACAGCCUCUCCGCCGCCAGCUUCAGGUCUCUCGACAGGGGCCAAAGUUGGUAUUGGUGUUGCUGUUCCUGUUGGCGUCCUUGCCCUGAUUGGCGCAUUUAUAUUUAUUUGGAGAAGACGAGCGCAUAAGAAGAAUACCAUAUAUCCAGCUUUGGUGGACCAGCUACCUACUCAUGAGAUGGAUAGCGGCUCGGACUCUCAAGCGCGAUACUCCGAUCAAGCUCCACAAAAGUAUGCUGCAGUCGAUCAGACGCCUCAGGAGCUGCACGUGGAAACCCAUGCGCUGGAGAUGCCAGACAGAAAUGAUCCUCGAAUGACAUAGAAGGAGUUUCAGGGCGGCAGGAUUUGGUAGCAUAUGAGGGACUGGUGUUGGUGGUUGUACGGCUUCGCUCGACUUUGCUUUCAUUCGCACGAUACCUUUUUGCUUCUUUUGAUGACUUUUUGCAUCGCUAUAAUACUGAAGACCCACGAUACUUGUCGGCUUAA